AAAUAAUAUAUAAUUAAAGUAAUUUACCCUAAAAUACUUAAAGCUUUCAGUAUUACAAGUUCCACAUGCAAAUCAUUUCGUCCAUUACAUUUCCAUCACAACAUGCGAUACUCUUGGUUCAUGCUCCUCUUCACUAUCUCCCUCUCACUCCGGCCGAGGACGUCAUCGUCGGCCGACUUGAUCCAGCAGACAUGCAAGAGCACCAAGUACUACGACCUCUGCGUGUCGUCGCUGAAAUCCGACUCGUCGAGCCCCAAAGCCGGCGACGCCAAGGGGCUGGCGCUGAUCAUGGUGAGGCUCGGGGUGGCCAACGCCACCGCCACAAACGCCUACCUGCUCAGCGCCGCCGCAAACAGCACAUCAGCGAAGAAGGCGAUCAAGGAGUGCGCCGACAAGUAUGCAUUUGCGAGUGAGGCGCUCAAGAGCUCGCUUCAAGACUUGAGCGACGAGCUCUACGACUACGCCUACAUGCAUGUCAUGGCGGCCGCGGACUACCCGGACGGCUGCCGCAACGCCUUUAAGAGGUCGCCGGGGCUGCUCUACCCGCCGGAGAUGGCCCACCGCGAGGACGGCCUCAAGCGCAUCUGCGACGUCGUUUUGGGGAUUAUUGAUUCUCUCGCUUGACUACUACUGUCUUGUGUAUGUUGAUUUUCUUUAAGUUAAAAGUGUAAGACUUUUAUUCGUUGUGUUUAUACCGUGGAAUGUCGGAGAAUAAAGUGUCCUUGUGUUUUGAAA